GUAUGUUAAAUAAGCUGUCUUCGUUUGUUGGAACAUUUGUCUAUCCAAAAUUACUUUCAAUUUCUCUCUCGUAUACGUAAUUGUCUUAAAAACAAAACAUACCACACUUGCCACUCUCGAUUUUUUUUUAGAAAAUGUCGAGCUUACUGGAUGCAUUUUAUGUUUGAAAAUACCUUAUUUUCAAAGAUGAGAGCCAUACAUAAUUAUGCUUCGACAUAAUAACAUGAAACUAGUGGACUGCUGAGAAAGAUGUGAAUUAAUAAUGGCUGUUUUCCGUAAUUUCACGCUUGUUUUUUGCCUGUGUGCAGUUAAUUUUCCCAAAAUAUGCACCCAGAGACCGUUUGACAGAGUUUUCAAACAAGGUGACGCAAUUAUAGGAAGUCUCCUUGCUGUGCACACGGAGAACUCCGAAGACGGUUGCAGAAACGUGUUUCUCCCAGGUAUUAAUCGUGUCGAAGCUGCUGUUUACACCAUUGAACAAAUCAAUAAAAAUGCAGAAAUUCUUCCAAACGUUCAACUUGGCUAUGAUAUACGCGACUACUGCAUGGACAGAACAAAAGCUAUGGAGUAUUCGUACGACUUUAGCACUCACAUCCACUUCUUGGAUGUCGAUGGAGACUUUGGCGACCAAAACAUCACCUCCAGCGCUUGCCUGCAAUGUUUCAUCUCCAAGGACAACGCUACCUUCCCAAUUGCAGCCUUGGUAGGACCUUAUGGUUCACGGAACUCUCUCCAAGUUGCUGGCCUACUUCAGGUCGUCAACAUCCCAGCUAUAAGUCCAUCGGCGACAAGCGAGGAACUAAGCUGGUCGUUUUAUAGAAAGUUUCUGCGAACGGUGCCAUCUGAUAAUUUUCAAGCAAGGGCUAUGGCUGAUCUUAUUGACUACUUUAAAUGGAAAUACGUUGCGGUUAUUGCAGUGGAACACUCGUAUGGACUGUACGGUUUUCGAGCCCUAGAGCAGGAGUCUCUUCAAAGAGAAACUUUCUGUAUCGGGCUGGUGGAGUACAUUACACCAACACGCUACGAAAGCCGAUUGAAACCCAUUGUUGAAAAACUUAAAAGAGCGGAAAAUAUCAAGGUAAUUAUUUUGUGGAUCGGGUCAACCAUCGCUACAGACCUGGCUAGAGAGGCACACAGACAGAAUUUAAAAGAAAGAAUUUGGAUCAUGAGCGAUUCCUUAGCGACGAAAACUCCAGAAUAUCUUGGAAGUGACUUAAUGAGUCUUGGGAUUUAUUUGGGAAUUCAGCCAAAGCAGUUUAACGACGCGAACUAUGAGGAUUAUUUAAAAAAUCUUACACCGAAAAUAACUGAUAACAGGCUCGAUUCCAAUGAUUGGUUCGAUUUCUUGUGGAGAGAGGAGUUCAAUUGUUCGGCAAAGAAUAACACUCCAGGGUACAAACAAUGUCCAGAUGGUUUAACAAUUUCAAAUGAAGUAUAUUUCAAGAUGUCUGAUGAUUUCAUUCCUUAUCAAAUUGACGCUACAUACGCUAUUGCGCAUGCGCUGGACAUGAUUUACAAGUGCAGAGAACCAUUCGGUUUGUUGGCUGGCGGGGUUUGCCCUAAAACAUACCCGUUUGUAAGCUCUGCCGACGUCUACUUGUACCUUCGUAACGUGAGCUUUGUUGGAAUAACAGGCCGCAUCGAAUUUGACGAAAAUGGCGACCCUCUUCAAGCGCUGUACGACUUUGUCAGCUUUCAAAGAAAUCUUGAUGAUACAACAGGGAAUGAUAAAUAUGUAAAAGUGAAAAUAGGAAAUUGGGAUGCAAAUGGGAACCCGGAGAUUAAGAUUGACCCAAGCGCUAUCCAAUGGAGUUAUGAAAACAUAACAGUCGAUAAUGGUACAUCCGGAAUUCCUAAAUCAGUGUGUCUGGAGGAGUGUCCGCCGGGGACAAGGCAAACGCCGACAAUUUCGUGUUGCUGGCAAUGUAUUGAGUGCCCCGACGGAGCGGUAAACUCCCAAAAAGGCUCAACAAACUGCACGAAAUGUUCUGUGACGCAAAAAUCGAACGAGAAUAAAACAGCGUGUGUGGAACUUCCAAUUGAAAAUCUACAAUGGAGGAGCACAACUGGAAUAAUUCUAGCUAUUUUCACAUUUGCAGGUUUUGUUUCGACUUCUUUCACGAUUCUUGUUUUCAUCCGUCAUUUUCAAAGUCCCAUUGUAAAAGCAGCAAAUCGCGAAUUGAGCUUCUCGCUGUUAAUUGUCAUCACCUCUGGUUUUAUUUUGCCAUUGAUAACAAUCUCCCAGCCUUCUCCAGCCAUCUGCGCUGUGAUCGAGCCCUGGCGUUAUAUAACAUCGUCACUAAGUGUCUCCAUCUUGUUGGUCAAGACCAUGAAACUGCUGCGGGCUUUUCAAAUUACUUACGUUGCAAAAUGGCUGAAAAAGGUCAGUGCGAGCACGGGUGGACAAUUUGCGUCUGUUAUCUUGCUCAACUUAAUCGAAGUCAUUUUGGCAAUCUUGUGGGGUACACUAGACUCGCCUGGCACCAAAACCGACAUCGAGAAAGGAAAGUACAUCCUAUUUACAUGCAGUCCUUAUAACACCAUAGUCGGUCUGAUGUUAGAGAUUGCCAUGCUGUCUUACCUAAUAUUUUUAUCUCUUCUCUGUGCGUCCUAUGCCUUUAAAGCUCGGACGCUGCCAGAGAACUUUAACGAAGCUCGAUACAUUGGGUUUGCAAUGUAUAUUCUCCUUCUCUCGUGGAUCGCCUUCUACCCUGUUCAAACGUCCUUAGAGGGCUGGUAUGUGGCUGUAGUGUCAUGCACUACAGCUCUUGUGAGCUCGUAUGGUUUGUUAGCGUGCAUGUUCGCUCCAAAGGUUUAUGUUAUUCUUCGCCACCCGGAGCAAAACACUGCGCAGUUUAUGAGACAUGAGCUACGAACAGCCAAUAGCAUUGUGCCAGUGAAUCCUUCAUACCGUGUCUCAGAGAAGACGUCCGUAGAGGAUUCAAGCAACACGAAAUCAUAAAAGUGAUACAAAGACAACCACAGCCCCAUCCGCAUCAAUGGAGUUGCAGUCGUGUAUGGCUACGUUCCCUUCUUAGGACUCAUAGGCAUGGCAUAGUGAAAGGGAACGGGCAAAAGUUGAGAUGACUGCAAGCAUGUGUAUCAAAGCCUUUUACUACAGCGGCAACUUCAAAUGGCUUGUCAAAUUAAAUCCACUAGUCACACGAAAGAGUUGAUAGAACAUACUUCUUCCUGUGUUCAAUAGUUCAAUCAUAAAUGGAAUAUUCUAAAACACAUAGCGAGGUUAUUAACUGUAACACCCAGUUCAUCGAUGCUCUUAAUUAGAGCGGUUUUCAAUGAGUGUCGAAAGUAAUCAGGCAAUUACUUUGGUUUUGGUUUUGGUUUUAUUGUGGUUUGAGAUCGGCUGAGUAGCCUAAUUGGUAAGUAAAUGGUUGGGUUUUGGUUUUACGGCACUCAAUUGAAAACCGCUCUAGUGGCGCUUAUUGCGUUUCCACAAAAAGUAAAGGUUUUAAAAUAUGUCUCGCGUUGUUGAAGAACUGUGGUACCAAACAUGAACCUAUAUGUACUACACUGAGUAGAGUCCAAAAGAAAAAAAACUGUUAAGGUGGGAUUACAACGUGAAAAUCAAUAAAGAGAAAAAGAGAAAGAUAAAUAGCAAUCCUGUUAAAUUCAACAAUUCAGUUCAAAAAUUCCUCAAAACAGCUUCAAAGUCUGUGUUUCGCACCGAUUUCAUAGCUGAAACUAUACGAUUCGUGACAUAUCGAUUUUCCUUGAAACCAUCGCUGAGGGAAUUGUAACAUUAACCGUGACAGAGAUUUCUAACAAUUACUCUUUCGAUUCCUUGUAAUUUAAGACGUUUUUUAUGUUCCUCGCAAUGACAUCUAUUGUUUAGGUUCUUCGGGUUGUAAAACAAUGAACAGUGAGGCACACGAAAUGGCAAAUAACUAUUUGACACAUACCCAUCCCCCGGUCACAGAGGUCGGCCUUGUUAGCUGUAAAUAUAUCAUACGAUACUAUCACCAGUUUCGUUCUGUUACUCCCUCAAUUCUUGCCAUCGAAAGUCUAAACGAAUCUAUCUCUGUUGCUCGUCUAUUUGCUUCUUAAAAACCGAUAAAAUCUCUUCCGAAAUUCAUCAGUAGCUUAAGAUUCCAAAACUCGAUUUAUUCUUUAUUAAUAAAGCUUGGCCGAAAGUCACUUCGCUCUAAAGCACCCUUUCUUUGAGUUGCAGCACAGUGUUUAAAUAUUAACAAGGUCAGAACACCCUAUACAAAUCAACACAGAAAAAGAAAUUCGUAUUUUGUCUACGUCAAGAUCACAU